GACGAACGGACGUUUACCGCGUGUGUGUGAUUAUAAUUUAAUCUGUUUUUAAAUCAUGUCAAAUAUCCUCGGAAGUUUAACCGCGUUUGACCACAAUUCCCAGGAAUGGGAGAUUUUUAAAAGCAGAUUAGUGCAAUAUGUUAAGUUAAAUAAGGUGACCGAGGACAAUAAGUGUGCUUUGCUUUUAACUCAUUUAAGUGACGAGACAUACCGACUGGUAAGGAACUUAGUGCAUCCGAAGAAGGUCGAGGAUUCUAAGUUCGAGGAGCUAGUAGCUGCGUUAGAUAAACAAUUAGCGCCAAAACGUUGUAUUUUCGUCGAACGGGCGAAAUUUUACGAGGCGACGCGUGACGUUGCAGAAAACAUCGAACAAUGGGCGGCUCGAAUAAGUGAACUUGCUGUACGCUGCGAGUUUGGAGCCCCCUUGGAUGAGCUGCUUAGGGACAGAUUCGUGCUGGGGCUGAGCGUAGGCCCAGAGCGCGACCGGCUGUUCGAGCAGGAUGCUGCCACGUUGACGUUCGCGAAGGCCGUGGAAGUGGCCCAGAAGGCUGCGUAUGCUAGAAGCGCACGUACUACGUCUGUUCCUGCUGCCGUCGUGCAAGUGAAGCAGGAGCCGAUGUACCGGGUUGGUACUAGUCGCCCUGGUACCGGGGGGUCCUCCGACUCUCGACGCUGCUCCGUGUGCGGGCUUAAGAGCCACGACGCAAGUAAAUGUAAAUACAAGAACUACCGCUGCCAGGUGUGUGGACAAAAAGGGCACUUAAAAAAGGUGUGCAGCGCUGAGAAGGCGAAACAGUGUCGUGUUAACUGCAUUCAAGCUGACCUUGAUGGAUCAGCUGAGGUCUCUCAGAGUGCUGAAGGUUGCAAGGAGUGCGAGCUAUUUAAUUUAAGGUACGUUAAUAAUGCACCAAUAUUAUUGGAAGUGGACCUUAACGGUAAAAACUUAACAAUGGAACUUGAUUGUGGUUCAGGGCCGAGUGUGAUAAGUGAUAAAUUAUAUUAUAAAACCUUUUCGGACUGUAAAUUAAAAAAAUGCGAUAUGAGAAUGUGUUUCUACAAUGGUCAUCAAGUCGCGCCAUUAGGCUAUUUCACUACAAAAAUAACAUAUUUAAAAAAAACACAUGACAUCGAUAUUUAUGUAAUGGAGGAUGGUAGUCGGUUAGGUCUAUUGGGCCGUGACUUUAUGACCAAGUUUAACAUGUAUUUUGCUAUUGAUGAACAAAAAAUUAAUUUUGUUAGUUCGGAAUCGUUUCGAAGUGAGCUACCGCGGUUGCUGAGCGAAUAUUCGAGCCUUUUUAAUGAAGACUUAGGAAAAUUUAACAAAUUUCAAGUAGAAUUAAAAUUAAAAGAUAAUGUUACACCUAAAUUCUUUAAACCUCGUACAGUUCCUUUUGCUAUUAAAAAUAGGGUAGAGGAAGAAAUUGAUAGGCUUGUUGGUUUAGGUAUAUUGGUACCCGUAAAUUUUUCUAAAUAUGCGACACCUAUAGUGCCCGUUUUGAAGGACAACGGUAAAAUUAAGAUAGCGGGUGAUUUUUCCGUAACGCUCAAUAAAGAUAUGAUAAUAGAUAGGUACCCUAUGCCCCGCAUCGAAGAGGUGUUUGCGCGGCUCGGUGGCGGUAAUCGUUAUACGAAACUCGACCUUAGUAACGCAUAUAAUCAAUUCGUUUUAUCAGACGACUCACAAGAGCUCACUACUAUAAAUACAUCAAAAGGGUUAUAUAAGUAUACGAGGCUCGUAUAUGGACUAGCUAACGCGCCGGCUAUUUUCCAGCGCACAAUGGAGACACUCCUAGUAGGUAUAGAAGGAGUCAGCUGUUGGCUCGAUGACGUAUGCGUAACAGGACCUACUGAUGAAUUACAUUUAUCGCGAUUACGGGAGGUUUUAAAAAGGUUUUUAUGACUCGGGGUUACGAUUGCAAAAAAGUAAAUGUGACUUUUUUAAAAAUAGUGUAACAUAUCUCGGUUUUGUAAUAGAUAAAAAUGGUCUACGUGCAUGCCCCAAGAAAACCGAGGCUAUUUUAAAUGCCCCUAAACCGGCAAAUAUUUUAGACGUCCAGCGAUUUUUAGGUAUGGUCAAUUAUUACCGCGGUUUCGUACCUAACGCGUCAGGCAUGUUGAGCCCUCUCCACGAAUUAUUGCGCAACGGGGCUAAAUGGGAGUGGGGUUCCCGACAGCAAGAGGCUUUUGAAAGCGUAAAAAAAGAAUUGUGUUCUGAUCGGGUACUGGGUCAUUUUGACCCCGCGGCACAGCUAGUGUUAUCGGUAGAUGCUGGGCCUGGUCUUGGCGCCGUGCUGAGUCAGCGUGAUCCCCAAACGGGAGCGGAACGUCCACUUGCUUUUGCCUCGCGAUCGUUAACGGCUAGUGAGCGAAAUUACAGCCAAAUUCAGAAGGAAGCUACUGCCUUAAUAUUUGGAGUAAAGCGCUUCCACCAGUAUUUAUAUGGUAGACAGGAGCCAUUUAUUUUAAAAACGGACCAUCGACCUUUAUUAUCAAUUUUUGGUAAAAAGGUUGGGAUAUCCGUAAUGGCGGCGUCUCGACUUCAGCGUUACGCGAUUAUACUGUCGGCCUAUAAUUA